CCCGCCCGCUUCCUGCCGCGUCCGCGCGCCCGCCCCGCCCGAGCAGCGGCCGCAGCCCCGGCCGGGCCCAGCGGGGAGAUGAACACGGUGCUGUCCCGGGCCAACUCGCUCUUCGCCUUCUCGCUGAGCGUGAUGGCGGCGCUCACCUUCGGCUGCUUCAUCACCACCGCCUUCAAGGAGCGCAGUGUACCCGUCCGCAUCGCCGUCUCCCGGGUCACGCUAAAAAAUGUAGAAGAUUUCACUGGACCUAGAGAAAGAAGUGAUCUGGGAUUCGUCACAUUUGACAUUACUGCAGAUCUGCAGAGUAUAUUUGAUUGGAAUGUUAAACAAUUGUUUCUAUAUUUGUCUGCAGAAUAUUCAACAAAAAACAAUGCCCUAAAUCAGGUGGUCCUUUGGGACAAGAUCAUGUUGAGAGGAGAUAACCCACGGCUGUCCUUAAAAGACAUGAAGUCAAAGUACUUUUUCUUUGAUGAUGGAAAUGGUCUCAAGGGAAACAGGAAUAUCACCUUGACUCUCUCCUGGAAUGUUGUACCAAAUGCUGGCAUUCUACCUCUUGUAACAGGAUCAGGACAUGUGUCUGUACCUUUCCCAGAUACCUAUGAAACAACAAAAAGUUAUUAAAUUAUAGUACUGAAUCAUAAGCAAAAUAUUUUUAUACUUGUAUAUUGUGGAUACAUUUUAUUGCAGUUUCUUCUUGCAUCCCAUACAACUUUUCACUGAAUGGAGCCUAAUUUCCUCAGGAUAGUAGCAUAGGAAAAGGAAAUGAAAAUUCAGGGUUUGGGUUUUUUUUUAUAAAACAUUGAAGCUGAAACUUAAGGGAAAAGUAAAUUGCAGAGUAAUGGUUUUGAGGGGGAAAACUGAGGAUUUUUUUUUCUGGCCAUUUAAGUAUAGAACUCCCUUUCUUUUAAAUAAAUAUUUUUAAACCAGAA